AUGCACUAUAUCCUAGAUGAACAGGAUGCCUUGGAAGCUGUUAAUCAGGUUAUGGAUGAGCCCCAACUGGCUGAGGGGCAGAAUCCUAAUAAUGCCCAACAUAGGCGUAAUAUGGACGCUUAUAAUUCCUGGAAAAAGAAAGAUUCGACUGCCAGAGGAAUACUCAUCAGCUCAAUGAAUGAUGAUAUUGCUUAUCAGUAUGAGCAAUUUAAAACUGCAAAUGCUAUGUGGGUAGCAUUGACAGAAAAGUUUAGAGGAACGACCGUCUCUAAACUGCGGCAGUUGACCAUUAAGUUCGACACAUAUAAGAAAGUUCCCAAUAAGCCAAUGAAGCAACAUCUGAGGGAAAUGCCGAACAUGAUAAUUGAGCUGAAGAAAGCUGGGCAUGAUUUGACUGAUGAACAGCAAGUGCAAGUUGUUAUACGAUCUCUUCCUGAUAGUUGGGAGCAUAUGAAAGUGAACAUGACCCAUAAUGACAAUAUCAGGACUUUUGAUGAUAUUGCUCGCCAUCUUGAACUAGAAGCUGAGCGCCUAGAGUCUGCUGGACUAAAUGCUCAAGCAUAUGUUGCUGAGUCUAGUUCGAAGAAAUUUUCUGGCUAG